AUGGCGCUUUUAAGUAACCAGAAUUUAAAUUGUAGUAGUAAUUACGGCGAGGACGUUGUUGCCCGAGUCAACGUCCUUGCCUCCUGCUACAUUGUCGACUCUGCCGCCCAGCUUAAGGGCAUCCACUACUGCACUACCGGGGGGCGGAGUGGUAUUCCUGAGGUCCCUACCUCAGGCCUUCCUUCUCCUCCAACAAGCCCCCCCCUCGCCGCGCUGACCUCGUCCAACGAGCUCGCUCUUCUUCCUAAGAAUAAGAAGCGUGACAAUUCGGGCCGCCGUCGCCCGGAGCGACGAGGGGGGGCAGCACUCAUGAUCAGGGAAGAAUGUGAGAGAUUCUUUUGUGAGCCCAUGAAGACAGUUUUCCACGGUGAGAGGAACCUGUCGAUGAAUGGAUCCGGCCUGUCAGGUGCUUAUUUACAAACGCCGCCGCCAGAGGACCGCUUCUCCGACGCCUUCCAGCAGAGCGCCGAUAUCAAGUCGCAUGGAUUUGAGAUUGAUGCUUGGAUGGAGGUCUGGGACUAUGCUGGCGGUGCGAGCUUCCGCGCCUUUGUGGCAAAUGACGGACAUGAGAAAUCGCUGUUCGUCUUUUUUGACAUUGAAGGCGUCAUGGGAAGAGAUCUCAAGAAAGCUCUUAUGGCUCUCAUCGAGCUUGCCGACGGACCUUUGGACUGCGCACACAUUGUCAACUGCGUGGAUCGUCGCAUGCCCGUUGAGGAGGCACUCGAGCUGACCAAGAGUCUUCAGUGGGUAGGAUUCGAAAUGACCACUCUGGACCACUGGGCACACCAACUCGAUGUCACGAGUAAUCGAUGGGUAUUCAUGGGAAUGGAGCUCUAG